AACCCAACCAACCAACCAACCAACCGUCCUUCGUUCGUGUAUUCUUUUUCUCUACGCAAACCCAGAAAACAAACAAAGCUAAAUAUCUCUUUCUCUCUUCAACCCCAAAACAAAACUACACAUCCCUUGUUGUUCUUCUCCCUGAAAAUAUCUCUGAAUUGAUUUUGUAUUCGAUACAACACAAUUCAAUUGAAUUCCGAUGUCAAUGGCGAUGCCUAAUCAGGAAGCAAUUGACACCUUCAUCAACAUCACCGGCUUAUCUCAACCAAUCGCACUCCAGAAGCUCCAGGAGCAUGGGGGUAAUCUUAAUGAAGCUGUCAAUGCGCAUUUUAGUGAAGGAGACAGAGGUUUAUCUACCAGUGUGCAUAAUACCUCUGCUGUUGCUGCUGCUCUGCAAGAUGAUUUCAUGGAUAUAGAUGAUGAGCUUCAUGCUGAUGAACUUCGCGGACCUCUGCCUCUUUUAUCUUCUGCUAGAACUAAUCCCUUUUCUCUUCUCGAUCCAACACUUGGGAGAAGUAUAUUUGAUUCUCAUCUUGAUCCAACAACCCAAGCACCGUUUGUUACCCUUCCGAGAGAGGUGAGAGAGAUUCCUAUAGAGGUUAAGGAUGGCAGUCAAUCUGCACCUCAAGGUAGCCAUGAUCCGAGUCCAACUAUCGAAGAUGUCACUGGAAGUGUUCAAGCAAAUGGUCCCGAUAUUCAGGGGAUUAUCAGACUUGAUGAUGAAGAUGAUGACGACACACUAACUACCCGGACUGCACAUCAGGAUGAGCAACACAAUAUCUUGGGUGAUACUUCACGUGACCAAAGUGCUAUGCCCAGUGCUCCUAGGUUUGAGAAUUUGCCAGAUUAUAGCAAUGACAUAGAAGAAGAAAUGAUCCGCGCAGCAAUUGAGGCUUCUAGACGGGAAGCUUCUAGCCUUGGCAGACAAACUGAUUUAAGUGAAGCGGGGCCUCAGUCAAUGCAAUCAGAUUUGGAAGAUCCUGAGCUUGCCCAUGCAGUUUCACUGUCUCUGAAGGCACCUGAGCAAGAGAAAGCAUUGCGCAAGCAAGGAGGGGAGGAUGGGGAUGUUGGAGCAUCAACAGGGCCAUCUAAGUCAUCUGAAGUUGAACUACAGGAAAUGACAUCAAAUGAAAGACUGCAGACAGGAAGCUCAUCCUUCCAAGAUGAAGGUGAAGACUUAGAAGAGCAACCUCUGGUUAGGAACAGGUCUAGGCGAACAACUUUGGGCUCGUCAAGGUCAGCCAAUAAUGAUGAAGUCAUUGAGGCCAGUACACCACCAGCAGCUGUUCAGCAGGAUGACAGCAAUCUUCCUCAGCAAAAUGACGAUUCCUUCCCCACUGAUGAGUGGGGUGGCAUUUCUUCUGAGGAGCAUGAUGAAGCAGUUAUGCUUGAGGCAGCAAUGUUUGGUGGAAUCCCCGAAGGGCGUCAGUAUCCCUAUGCUUUUGCACCACAUGAGUUCAUGCAGAACAGGGGUAUUUAUCCUCGGCCAAUGCCUCGUCCACCUUCGCCAUCAUUGACAGCUCAGCGUUUAAUAAGGGAACAACAGGAUGAUGAAUAUCUUGCAUCACUACAAGCAGAUAGAGAAAAAGAAUUGAAAGCCAUCGAAGAAGCCGAGGCUGCUCGUGAAGAAGAAAAGCGGAGAGAGGAAGAAGCUCGCAGGAAAUUACAGGAAGAGCAGGAAUUGGAAACACAGUUGGCAGCAAAAGAAGCUUCCCUACCAUCCGAACCAUCCUCUACUGAUGAGAAUGCUGUUACCUUGCUAGUAAGAAUGCCAGAUGGUAGCCGCCGCGGACGCCGAUUCCUUAGAUCUGAUAAGCUACAGUCUCUUUUCGACUUCAUAGAUAUUGCUAGGGUGGUGAAACCUGGAAGUUACAGACUGGUGAGACCUUAUCCUAGGCGUGCUUUUGGUAAUGAAGAAAGUGCAUCGAUACUGGAAGAGCUUGGCCUAACCAACAAGCAAGAAGCCUUGUUUUUGGAGUUAGUCUAAUGCCCUGAAGCAUAUUUCUGGAAAACCAUUAAUUGAAGCUUUUAGUUAUUAAAUUAUGGAUCCUUACACAUGAUGAUAUGGAAUUUCCACCUGGUUUGUGUUGUUUGGGUAAA